UCGCAACGUUAUCGAUCCACGUGCUAUGCGCAAAAUGAUAGAGAACGAAUUAAGAUGACGCUAUGCAGUAAGUGUCGUGUGCAAACUUCUGUGGUUUUUCCGAAGCGAACCGUGUGCAUAACAUUUUUGGAGAAACGAGGGGAGAGACGCAAUUUCUGGACUGGUGGAAGUUGAGAGUUGAAUUGAGUGAACACAGUUGAGUAGAGUUGUUGGUUGAGACGCAAAUCAUCAUGGGAGAUAGAGAAUGCUAUAACUGCCAUCGUACUGGACACAUGGCGCGUGAAUGUCCGGAUGGUGAUAGACGUGGAGGUGGUGGUGGUGGUGGCAGACCUCGUGGUGGAGGUGGCGGCGGCGGAGGUGCUGGUGGCACCAAGUGCUACAACUGUAACGAGACCGGUCACUUUGCACGUGAAUGUCCUACUACCAAAGACUCCGGGUCCAGAGAUGGUGGAAGACGUGGGGUGGUGGUGGCGGCGGCGGUGGUGGCAGCAUGGAGUGCUACAACUGUGGGGAGCGCGGACACAUCUCGCGAGAGUGUGGACAAAGAACGAAAGCCAAGAGAUGGUGGCAGUAGCGGUGGUGGCAGACGCGGGGGUGGCGACAUUGAGUGCUACAACUGUGGAGAGACAGGUCACAUCUCCAGAGAAUGCCCAUCUCAAAGAAGUGGUGGUGGUGGUGGCAGAGGAGGCGGUCGUGGUGGCAGUAGCAGCGGUGGUGGUGGUCGCUCUGGCAAGUGCUACGAAUGUGGGGAGGAGGGGCACCUUGCUCGUGACUGUCCGGACCGCGAGUAGACCAAGCGUUGUUGAAAUGCCGUUGUAUUAUUUUUCGGGUUAUAUCGGCAUGGACAGCUGUGCACCGUAGUUGCUGAUGUGAUGUAUGCAAGGAGUUCUGUUAGAAUAACUUGUAUACCACCUUCUGUGUGGGUUAGACCAUGAAGAAAUGGCACUGGAUUGUGUGCUUGCAUGCAAUUUAGUUUUUUAGAAUUAAGAACAUUAAACCGGUGUUUAUUACUUAUGUAUUGUUUCUGAUGUUGAUUUAAUGUUUUAUUUUAAGGAUGAUUGGUUUUGCAAUUUAAUGAUAAAUUAUUAUUGACAGGCUGUUAAUUCAUUUUCCGUAUAGCUUUAAGUAAGGUUUUAGUAAAAUGGUUGUAGAUUUAUUUUGCCAUACUUGUUGAUUGUUUAGUUUAAAGAAAGUAACCUGACCUGAUGCCAUGUCAAAUUGGUUGUUUAUUAUUGCAUAUUAAUAGUUAAGAAAAGCACAAGUUGAUAGUUAAGAAAAGCACAAGUUGACAAAUUUUCUGGUUUGACAUUUUAAGGUUCAGGUCUAAGAAAAAAAGAAAGUAAUAAGCUCAGUCACAUGUAAGGUUCAUUUUAAUGCUUUUAUAGAUUAUGUGCCUAUCGAUUCAUGUUUAAGAAAAAAGAAAUGUAUCUAUCUAACAAUUCAUGUUUAAGAAGAAAUGUAUCUAUUUAGCAAAUUAGUUAAUAAAUUGAACAUUAAAUUUGGGUAGCUGCGAGCGCAGUUUACCCCAAAGUGUUUCAAUGUCAUGAAUGAUAAAACCUAUAAAUGUGAAUUGUUAGACAAGCUAACCCAAAUAAUGUGUUAACUCCGAAGGUGUAGUUGGAAGGAUAGAUACAGCUGAAGUGGUUGGAGAACAUUUGUUGUGUUGGAUAUAUACAGGCUGGGGAUAUAUUGGCAGCAGGAAAAUUUUGUGUUGCCUGUUGUAUCAGUGAUCUAUGGUUGUGUCUUUUGGGAGGACACGCCAUUACGGACGUUGACUGGUUUUUUGUGGUUUUAGUAUUUUGGUGAUAAUUAGUCAGCGUGUCUCUGGUGCUUUGUUGAUUUUUUUUGGUUGGUCCAAAGUGUCGGGAAGUUCAUUCACUCAAUUCAUCUCUCAUGUCAUUGAUGGAGGUUCUGUGUUCGACUAUUUCGUGUCUGAUUUGUGAUUGUUUGGCACGAAAUGUUCGACCACGCGGAGGCCUGCAUGUUUGCAGGGUCUCGAAAUAAGUGCAGAUAAUGGGGAGGUUGGUGCAUUUUGAUGCCCAGUACUUGAUUAUUCACUUCGUGAAGUGGAAACAAUAAAAUGUAAAAGACAUGGAUGUCCAGGUUUGUGGCAUAUGUUGCGUUCUCUAUAUACAGGAGUUUUUAAGUCCUGUAUGCAGGGCAUGUCACGCCUACUGUGUUCUCAAAAUAAGGCAGCUCACGUUUCAAAGGAGGUAUUUUAGGGAGAUCUGUAUAUAGUAUGGAUAUAUAAAGCAAGGUAUUCAGUGUUUUGAAGUUAAGGCAUUGUGGAACAUUGAAUAGUAUUUGAUUUUACUGAUUUUCUUUAUUAUGUUCUUAAUCAUGUUGGAAAAACUUGCAAAGUAUUAACAGAAUAAAAGGUCGUUCUUUAA